AUCUCGCUCAGCCUAAUAACACAUUCGGAUCCCCAAUCGAUGAGCACAACAUCGGAAAAUGAUGCUGACCUCUUCCAGUCUAAAUAAGCUACAUCGAACUGAGUAUGGUACCUACCGCAGAUCACUGUGAGAUAUUCAAAUCCAUCCCAUCAACACCUAUCAACGGCUUCAACGGCGCCCAGCUGUUGAUCGACAUGAUCGGCCAUGGACAGGCCAGCAACGACUUGGCAACGUCCACGGUGGAUCUCGUACACUACAUCCAGACCUGAUACACUGCGACGAACUGAAAACAAAAUCACACUACCUAUGCAGUACUUUCCUUACUUGUACCGUACCUACUCUUUUCCAUACACCAAAGACGUAAAACUUUAACCAACUACCUCUAUCACCACUCCACACUUUUCCACGCUUUCGUACGCAUCCGGUCCAAGCACCUGGCAGCACACUGGCCACUCACUUCUUAUCACCCACUACUUUCUCUGUCUUUGCAAUACCGGCAGUCGCAAUUCCAACCCUGUUCAUAUUUCCCGGUAUUGAUUUUAUGGAAUCGUUCAUAACCACACAUACCCCAUCUCUCAUCAACAGCCGGCCAUGCGCAUUUGGCAGACUGGUCCCGGCGGCUGCUGAUGAGGUGUAUGCGAUUGUGGCGGGGUGGCUGUUCGUGUUGCUCGCAAGGGUGGUUGCACGAGAACAAAGUCAAUGUGAGAGGGGCGAAGAGGUCCGUUUGGAGAUAGGGGCUGUGAAAGACUCGCUGUUUUCGAGUCAAAGGUCCAAAUCAACCGGCUUACAGGGCGCUCAGAAUGUAAGCGGAGUGAUUAUUGGGACGGGUGAUGCGCCCCAGGCUUCUUAAACUUGGCACUUCAGGAACUCAGCGCUGGAGUAAAUAUCUCGUUUAGGCAGGGCGACGGUGCCAGACUUGAGUUCGCCAAGGUGCUGCUCCAUAUUGCAACCGGAGGCGGUGGCACCUUGUCUUGUCACCGCAGAAGAUGAUCUCUGGGAUGGGGGUACGACCAAAGUACGGAUGUUACGCCCAUGGCGAGCUAAACGAAAGGGGCCAUUUGGAAUUUCGGGCGGCGGUGGGAUAGGCUAAAUGGAAAUUGGUUUGGUGUUUUCUUGAGAAUUGCUGUUGAUGCUGAUAGCGGGCUUGUGAGUGGAAAGGGUGAAGAUCAGCCGAUUUCAUAGACCUCAACUCAAUUGUUUGGCAA